AACCGUUAACCAAAAAGAAAAUGGAAGAAAAAAAAAAAAAAAAAACACUCUGGAUUCGCUAUGCUUCUCUUCUUCAACCUUAAAGAAUCGAAAGGAAGAAGACUCUCUCUCCCUCUGUCCGAGAAAAGGAAAAAGAGAUCCUCUGAUGGGUCCCUUCCCCAAAUCCUUAGCUUUCCUUCAAGUUCCUGCACUUUCCAUCCGUUUCCUUCUCUUUCUCACUACCCUCUUCCCAUUUACUGCGUCAUUCCAGCCGUCCAUCUACGACCACCUCAGCCAAAACGGCCUUCCCAUAGGUCUCCUCCCUAAGGGAAUUACCGACUUCUUAGUCGAGCCCACCACCGGUCACUUCCAGAUAAACCUAACCCAACCUUGCAAUGCCCAAUUCGAGAACCAGCUUCACUACGAUUUCAACAUUUCUGGACUCCUUUCCUUUGCAAAGAUCGGUGAAUUAUCCGGUGUGUCUCAGCAGGAGCUUUUCCUUUGGUUUCCAGUUAAAGGUAUACGCGUUGAUGUCCCCAGCUCUGGUUUGAUAUACUUUGAUGUUGGAGUUGUGGACAAGCAGUUCUCUUUGUCCUUGUUUGAGAACCCCAUUGAAUGCACUGCUGUUGAUCCUAAUGAUGGGCCCCUUGCUUUUCGGGGAUCGGAGGACUCCAAGAAUCAAUCAAGAAAGCUUCAAUUUGAAAUGGCGCAAGGGGACUUGACUGCUACUUCAUAGAUUGUGGGGACAGAUAUGAUUUUAAAGAUUUUUCGGCCUGAUACUUCUGAGUUUUGUCUCUGCAUUGAGAAGUAUAAACAGUUUUGGCCGAGAGAAGAGGGAAAAGAAAAGAUAAUAAGAAUCUUAUUUUUCACCGAGACGAUAGUGAGACAAGGGGCCUUAAUUUCGGCUGGUAAGUUUGCUGGAGAAUUAUAUUGGUUGCUGUUUUCAUAAUACUACUAUACAUAAAGAUGUACAAGUGUGUUGCGAUUGUGUCGUUGUACAUGGAGAGAAUUGUUUGUGUCUGUAAAUUGUUAUCACAAGUGUCAGUCACAUAUGGUAAACUAAGUGACCAGUAAAUUAUGUCUUUAUAUGUGUUGGCAGCGUUUGUUCCUUAAAACUUUUUAUUCUAAUAUUGGCAGUCACAUUUACUCU